AUGUCCCCAGAUGACCCCAAGGGGACCCCAUUGUCCCCAGCUGACCCCAAGGGGACCCUGAUGUCCCCAGAUGACCCUACGGGGACCCCAUUGUCCCCAGAUGACCCCAAGGGGACCCUGAUGUCCCCAGAUGUCCCCAAGGGGACCCCUUUGUCCCCAGAUGACCCCGGGGGGACCCCGGUGUCCUCAGAUGACCCCGGGGGGCCCCCGGUGUCCGGUGGGGGGGUGCGGUACCGGCUGAGGGUGACAACGGGGUCCCAGUGGGGUGGGGGGACACUGGCGGCGGUGGCCCUCAGCCUGGUGGGGACAAGGGGACAGAGCCCCCCCUGCCACCUCGACUGGCCCCUCCACCGCCUGCGCCCCGGCACCACGGUGGUGGCCGAGGUGACGUCGCCGCAGCCCCUGGGGACCCUCCUGCUGCUGCGGCUGUGGAAGGAGCCGCUGGUGUCCCUCGUCCCCGACCGCUGGUUCUGCGCCCGUGUCACCGUCACCGGGCCCCUGGGGGACGGGGACGAUGGGGACAACGGGGACGGCGAUGACGACGGGGACGGCGAUGGCAUUGGGGACGAUGGGGACACCCCCAGGGCCACCUUCCCCUGCUACCGCUGGCUGGAGAGCGGCUGCCUGGAGCUGCGGGAGGGCACCGCCCGGACACCGCGUGGGGCCUCCUGGGAGCCGCGGCUGCUGCAGCAGCGCCAGGAGGAGCGGAGGGAGCAUGAGGAGGCCUUCCAGUACGGACUGGGAGUGGGCGCCCUACGCCCCGGGGUGGCCCUGGCGCCUGCGGGCGCUGCCCCCCGCCCUCUGCCCCUGGCCCCCGCCACCGCCACCGUCACCGCCGGUGUCACCGUCACCGCUGUCACCGUCACCGAUGUCACCGCCACCUGUGUCACCACCACCAGUGUCACCACCACCAGUGUCACCAUCCCCGGUGUCACCGCCAUCAGUGUCACCGCCACCGGUGUCACCACCACCAGUGUCACCAUCCCCGGUGUCACCGUCACCAGUGUCACCGUCACCAGUCGGCUGUCCCCCAGCCUGGCCUUUCCCCUGGGACACCGCGCCAGCAUGGCCGCCCGCGUCGCCGCCGCCCAGGUCCGGGUGCGCCUCCGGGGACUUCGCAGCGGUGGCUCCUGGCGCAGCUUAGAGGACGUCCGGGAGGCGCUGGGGGGGCCCGGGACCCCCAUCAGCGAGUACGUGGUGCAGCACUGGCAGGACGACGCCUUUUUCGGGGAGCAGUACCUGAACGGGGUGAACCCCGUCCUGCUGCGCCGCUGCUCCCGCCUGCCCCCCAACUUCCCCGUCACCCCCCCCAUGGUGGCACCCAGCCUCGGCCCCGCCACCUGCCUGCAGCGGGAGAUGGAGGGGGGGCGCCUCUUCCUGGCCGACUACGCGCUGCUGGAGGGGAUCCCCACGGGGCGCAUCGGGGGGGAACCCCAAUUCCUCUCCGCCCCCCUCUGCCUGCUCUGGCUCAGCCCCCGCGGGCAGCUGCUGCCCAUCGCCAUCCAGCUCUCCCAGCACCCCGGCCCCGAGGCACCCAUCUUCCUGCCGGGGGACGGGCCCUGGGGGUGGGUGCUGGCCAAGCUAUGGGUGCGGGGCGCCCACUUCAUCCUGCACGAGACCGUCACCCAUCUGCUGCACACCCACUUCCGGGAGACCUUCGCCCUGGCCACCCACCGCCUGCCCGCCUGCCACCCCCUCUACCAGCUCCUGCUGCCCCACUGCCGCUUCACCUUCCACAUCAACAUUUUGGCCCGGGAGACGCUGCUCAACCCCGGGGGGCUCAUCGACCAGGCCACGGCCAUGGGGCGGGAGGGGACACUGGAGCUGGUGGCCCGGGCGACGGCGGCGCUGACCUAUAGGGAGCUGUGUGUCCCCGAUGACCUGGAGCACCGCGGGGUCACCGACAUCCCCAACUACUACUACCGCGACGACGCCCUGGAGAUCUGGGGGGCCAUCGAGAGCUUAGUGGAAGGGAUCGUGGCUCUCUACUACCCCGAGGACAGUGACGUGGCCGAGGACCACGAGCUUCAGGACUGGGUGGGCGAGAUCUUCACCUACGCUGUCCUGGGCAAUGAGAAGACGGGCUUCCCCUCAAAGCUCUGCAGCCGCCCCGAGCUGGUGAAGUUCGUCACCAUGAUCAUCUUCUGCUGCUCCGCCCGGCACGCCGCUGUCAACAGCGGCCAGUACGACUACGCCGCCUGGAUGCCCAACACGCCGGGGACGCUGCGGCGGCCACCGCCGCGGAGGAAGGAGGAGGCCACCGCCGAGCUGCUGCUGGGGACCCUCCCGUCCCCCGAUGCCACCGGCGCCCUCCUGGCACUGCUCAGCGUCGUCAGCUACGAGGGCGGAGAGCCGCGGCCACUGGGCUCCCGCACCCAGGAGCCCUUCAGUGGGGCAGCCCCACUGCGACUCCUGGGUUCUUUCCGACGCCGCCUGGCCGCCAUCUCCCACCGCAUCCGGCAACGCAACGAGGGGCUGGCGCUGCCCUACCCCUACCUGGACCCCGCCUGCGUCCAGGAGAGCAUCGCCAUCUGA